AUGGAUCAUCACCAGGAAUGCAGCAGCGCCGAUGAGGUGGCUGAGGCAGGCUACAUAUCAAUAAAAGACUUUGCGUACGAUAAGUCCAAUCCUCUGCACUUUGGGUACUUUGGCGAAAGCAGUGAUGACGAGGAGGGCUCAGAAGAGUGUGAGAGCGACUCAAGGCGACAGAGCAUAGUACUGCCCAGCGAGUACAUCGUAAACCGCAGGGCUGUGGCGCUCUAUGACUUUGUACCGGAAAAUGACAAUGAGCUGGAACUGCGUGAGGGCGACGUGCUGUUCAUAGGCUACAGACAUGGCCAGGGCUGGCUCGUGGCCGAGAACGCAGAACGGACGCGCACCGGCCUAGUACCGGAGGAGUACGUCUCCUUGACAGAGCCGGGCGAUGGCGACGACGACGAUAGCGAGAGCGGCGAAGAAAGGCCGAGACCGUUUUACUUGACUCACAUGAUCGCGCAGUCCAUGAACAAUUCACGGGGGGGCCAGAACGACGAAGAAUGGGAAGACAUUGAUGACCUCGAAUCGCAUUUGAACGAGCAUCUUAGAAUCUCAAACUCUUCGUGA